CAUGUCGUCUUUCCCCGAGCUCUAUUUUAACGUCGAUAACGGCUACCUGGAAGGCUUGGUACGCGGUUUUAAAGCUGGGGUGCUCCGGCAAGGGGACUACGUCAACCUGGUGCAGUGCGAGAGUCUGGAGGACUUGAAACUGCACCUCCAGAGCACAGACUAUGGGAACUUCCUGGCCAAUGAAGCCUCCCCACUCACUGUCUCAGUCAUAGAUGACAAGCUGAAGGAGAAGAUGGUGGUGGAGUUCCGUCACAUGAGGAACCAUGCCUAUGAGCCCCUAGCAAGCUUUCUGGACUUCAUCACGUACAGCUACAUGAUUGACAACGUCAUCCUCCUGAUCACUGGCACCCUCCACCAGAGGUCCAUCUCUGAGCUGGUGCCCAAGUGCCAUCCUCUGGGAAGCUUUGAGCAGAUGGAAGCUGUGAACAUUGCUCAGACGCCUGCGGAGCUCUACAACGCGAUCCUGGUGGACACUCCCCUGGCUGCUUUCUUCCAAGACUGCAUCUCUGAGCAGGACCUGGAUGAAAUGAACAUUGAAAUCAUUCGAAACACACUUUACAAGGCUUACCUGGAGUCCUUCUACAAAUUCUGCAAGGUGCUGGGAGGUACCACGGCCGAUGCCAUGUGCCCGAUCCUGGAGUUUGAAGCUGACCGGAGGGCCUUCAUCAUCACCAUCAACUCCUUUGGCACUGAGCUGUCCAAGGAGGACAGAGCCAAGCUCUUCCCACACUGUGGCAAGCUCUACCCCGAGGGCCUGGCCCAGCUGGCCAGGGCAGAUGACUACGAACAAGUCAAAAACGUUGCUGACUACUACCCUGAGUACAAGCUGCUGUUUGAAGGGGCUGGCAGCAACCCUGGGGACAAGACCCUUGAAGACAGGUUCUUUGAGCAUGAGGUGAAGCUGAACAAGCUGGCCUUCCUCAACCAGUUCCACUUUGGAGUCUUCUAUGCCUUUGUGAAGCUGAAGGAGCAGGAGUGCCGCAACAUUGUCUGGAUCGCCGAGUGCAUCGCCCAGCGCCACCGCACCAAGAUCGACAACUACAUCCCCAUCUUCUAACCCCUGCUCUCUUAACUCCCAGCCCACCCUGGAGUCCAGGGCAACCCCUCUCAGCUCCCUGACUUCCCCCUCGCCCAAACUCCAGGCUCGUCCCUGGCUGGGCUGAGGGAACUGUACAGUCGCGAGUUAAGUUAUUCACGAGCUGAAGCUGUGUGUGCUGUGAGGGGGCUGGAGGGACCAGUGGCUCCUGUGUAGCAGGAGGGCCACCUCCUGUCCUGUAUCCCCAUAGUCCCUGUGUUGCUGUCCUCAUCUCUUUGUGCUUGUGCUUCUAGAGCAAGCACCAGCAGGGGUGUUGCUGCCUCCCAGGGGUUCCCAGCCCUGCAGAGGAGCACUUCAGGCCUGCCCCGGCUGGGGGCUCUGUCUGCCUCCCAGUCAGGUUUUGUUUUGACCGUGCUAUGUAGCGUAGCCCAUGUUGCUGGGCAAUUCCUCUGCCCCCUCUGGAGCCAGUCCUGACCUGGCAGAGCUGAGCAGCCCUGGCUGGGGCAGGGAUGGAGCCCAUGGGCAGAGGGCAGAGCCUGAGCACCUCCCUGCUGCAGCAGCAUUUGUACUGGCACAGCCUUGCUCAGACCUCAGGAGCAGCUCUCAGCGUGUUCCCUCCUGCCCUGAAGCGUGAAAUGCUUCCAGAAGCUGGUCAAGCUCCUUCCCCAUCCUGAAGGACCUACAGUUUGGAGUUCACUGUCACAACCAUGCAAGAUUUGGGGCUGUCUGGCUGGUGCUGGACCCUUGCACCACCCCAAGGCUGGCACAAUCUCCCCUGUGCAGGAGCUCCAGGCUGGUGCUGCCAGGAAACUGUAUGGGCACAGCUGACCCUGGGGUCUGGCUUCAUUUGGUCACCCUGAGUGCAGCUGUUGGCACAGGUGUCCCACACCCUCUUCAGGCUCUGUCUGUCUGUGGAUAAGGGGUGGGAGCCAAGCCCUGGGCAUGGCAUGCCAGCCCUGCUCCCUGCUGCGCCAGGUCCUGUCCAGCUCGAGGUCUAGGAGCUGUCUCAUGGCACUGGAGAAGCCUCCCUGGUGGGAAACACCUGCUCAGUGCUUGCUGCUGGGAGGGAUUGAUGGAGAGUGGCUCUGUCCCAGCUUGUGCUGUGGUCACCUCUACAGUGUUUGUGCCCCUCGUGUUCCCUCUUCUCCACACUAAUAAAUA